UAAGCAAGAUUAGUGAAGCGUUUUGACCCAAAAAAAAAAGAUUAGUGAAGCAAAGAAACAAAAAGAGAAGUAAUGGUAUAGACUAGGGCUUUAAAAGCAACAAUAACCACUCAACCAACAUUAAUUUUUUAUUACUUUACAGAUUGAAUAUAAACAUCACUCCCUCUCUGCUUCUCACUUGCACAAUAUUUUUACAUAAUUACGCAUAUAUAUAUUAUAUGCGCCCGUGUGGUUUCAACAGCUGUAUAGACCUUCUCUCUUUGAAACACAACACAAGCCUCUCCCUUUCUCUCUUCCCAGUACUAUGUCGGAGAAACGAAUUAGAAUGGUCGAGAAAAAUAACAACAAGCGGCAGCGAGUGAAACUUGUUCCCGAGUUCUCCAUCAACGACCAUCAAGACGUGCUCGUAGAAAUACUCCGACGACUAGACGGUCCUUCUCUCUGCUCAGCCGCUUGCGUGUGCCGUCUUUGGUCGGCCGUGGCUCGUAAUGACUCAAUAUGGGAAGAGCUCUGUUUCCGACAGGUGUCACCACGACCUUCACUUCCCCUUCGCUCCGUUGUGUCAGCUCUAGGUGGCUACAGACGUCUCUACUUUCUCUGCAUCCGCCCGGUCCUCUCACGACUCCCCAAGAUCAUCUGGAGCCAUGACCAACUUCAGCUGUCAUUAUCCCUUUACUGUGUCCACUACUACGAGCGCCUUUACGUCAGCGCGUGGCAUGAAGACGCGCCACCCAGCGCGCCACCUUCUUCGCUCAUGUUCCUUAGGAAACCCGUCAACGUCGUCUGAUACGUUCCUGAACGGCCAUUAAUAAUUUAUUUUAGUUUCCAAGAUUGUAUUCUUUAUCAUAUUAUUAUUUAUUCCCAUUUGUUACAGUUCACGAAAUUUCAUGAUUUCAUUACAAGAUUAUUAUUAGUAAACGUUGGAUCUUUUUUGUCA